UGAGCAUAUCCUUUCGUAUCGCGCCUGCGCAGAAGUCCGCAGCUCCGGGGGCAGCAGUGCGCCAGCCAGACGUCAGUUGGCCGAUGGCGUUGCGCUCGAGAGAAUCCGUUUGUCGCGAAUCGCAGUCACGAUGUUUGCGCCACGGACUUCCAUUGCGCCUCGAAGGUGUCAAGACGUAGGUCGUGGACCGCGAAUCUCCUCCUUGUCAACGACGUUCCAGCACCCGAGGACGUGCCAGAGAACCUCGUCGUUGACCCAUCGACGAGGUUUGCGAGGAAGGUGGUUCGACAAGUAAAAGUCCUGAAUCAUGGGACCGCCGAAGCGGUUCAAGAAGGAGACAGAUCGGGGGAAAUGGAAGAGGCGAAAGGAGGAUCACGACCCAGAUUACAACAUCGAUGAUGAUGGGAAUGACGAUGCCGAGACUGAGGGUAUACCCGAUGCCGCUAAGAACGAUGUCGAGAAGCAGGAUCACGGCGCGAUCGAGGACGAGUACGGCGCCAAGGAUUAUCGCUCGCAGAUGAUCCUGAAACCUGACAAUGAAUCGAGACCUCUGUGGGUUGCGCCGAAUGGUCACAUCUUCUUGGAAUCCUUUUCACCAGUUUAUAAGCAUGCGCAUGACUUCCUCAUUGCGAUUUCAGAACCAGUCUGUCGUCCAGAACACGUGCAUGAAUACAAGUUGACAGCUUACUCGCUGUACGCUGCUGUCAGCGUGGGUCUUCAAACACAUGACAUCAUCGAAUACUUGAAAAGACUGAGCAAAACAAGCAUUCCCGAUGGUAUUAUAGAAUUUAUAAAGCUUUGUACUUUGUCGUAUGGAAAAAUUAAACUUGUCUUGAAGCACAAUAAGUAUUUUGUCGAAUCGCCUUUUCCAGAAGUUUUGCAAAAGUUAUUGAAAGAUCCUGUUAUUCAAGAAUGUAGAUUACGAAAGACAGUCGAUGAUACAGCCAAAGACAAAGAUGGUUUCAUUACAAAUGUUUUGGCUAAAACUAAAGUACCACAGUUUGGGGCAAAAACGGUCACAACUUUACCACAACCUGCUGUAGCAGGUGCAACCACACUGCCUGCCGAUGGUUCAGUAACUCAAACAGAAGAGGAAAAAGUUCCUGAUGAUAUCACUAAAUUUUAUGAUAAAAUUGACAAAGAAGACGAAGAUGAAGAGGAGCAAGAAUUGAAGACUGUUAGUUUUGAAGUUAAUCAAGAAAAAAUUGAAGUUAUUCAGAAGAGAUGCAUCGAAUUAGAACAUCCACUAUUAGCAGAGUAUGAUUUUCGUAAUGAUACUGUGAACGAAGAUAUUAACAUUGAUCUUAAACCAUCCACUGUUUUGAGGCCUUAUCAAGAGAAAAGUUUACGUAAAAUGUUUGGAAACGGUCGUGCAAGAUCUGGUGUGAUUGUAUUGCCUUGUGGUGCCGGUAAAAGUUUAGUGGGCGUGACUGCAUGUAGUACAGUAAGAAAGCGAGCUUUAGUUUUAUGCAAUUCUGGCGUAUCAGUGGAACAAUGGAAGCAGCAAUUCAAAAUGUGGUCGACUGCUGACGAUUCUAUGAUUUGCCGAUUUACUAGUGAAGCCAAAGAUAAACCAAUGGGUUGUAAAAUUUUAAUUACGACUUACUCGAUGAUAACGCAUACACAAAAAAGAUCUUGGGAAGCUGAACAGACAAUGAAAUGGCUGCAGGAGCAAGAAUGGGGAAUCAUGGUCUUAGAUGAGGUACAUACAAUUCCAGCAAAAAUGUUCCGAAGAGUAUUGACGAUUGUUCAGUCUCACUGUAAACUGGGAUUAACAGCGACCCUUUUAAGAGAGGACGACAAAAUCGCUGAUCUUAAUUUCCUUAUUGGGCCAAAGCUUUAUGAAGCAAAUUGGUUAGAAUUGCAGAAGAAUGGACACAUUGCUAAAGUACAGUGUGCUGAAGUCUGGUGUCCAAUGACUCCUGAAUUUUACAGGGAAUAUCUAAGCUGCAAAAUGACUAGAAAAUUGCUUUUAUAUGUGAUGAAUCCGAAUAAAUUCCGUGCCUGUCAGUUUCUGAUUCGUUAUCACGAAAGGCGUGGUGACAAAACUAUAGUUUUCUCAGAUAAUGUAUUUGCUUUGAAACAUUAUGCCAUCAAAAUGAAUAAACCUUAUAUUUAUGGACCCACUAGUCAGGGUGAAAGAAUUCAAAUUUUACAAAACUUCAAGUACAAUACAAAAGUUAAUACGAUUUUCGUGAGUAAAGUUGCUGAUACAUCGUUUGACUUGCCAGAAGCCAAUGUGCUUAUCCAAAUUUCUUCACAUGGUGGUUCUCGAAGACAAGAAGCUCAGCGACUGGGUCGAAUUCUGAGAGCUAAAAAAGGAGCCAUUGCUGAAGAAUACAAUGCUUUCUUCUAUACGUUAGUUUCUCAAGACACAAUGGAGAUGAACUAUUCACGAAGGAGACAGCGUUUUCUUGUUAACCAAGGUUAUGCAUACAAGGUCAUCACGAAGCUUGCUGGAAUGGACGAUGAACCGGACAUGAUGUAUAAAACGCGAGAAGAGCAGGGUCAGCUGUUGCAGCAGGUCUUAUCUGCGAGCGAUGUUGAUGCGGACGAAGAGAGAAUUCCUGGUGAAGGACCUCGUCCGAUGGUUCGCAAGGCCGGCAACAUGGCUUCGCUAUCUGGGGCUGACGAUGCUGUUUACUACGAGUAUAAAAGAUCCGCUGCCUCUUCUACGGCGAACAAACACCCGCUGUUCAAAAAAUUCAGGACCUAGUUCGCCACUACCAAGCUUUGCACCCUUUCUUAUUAUUUUAAAUUACAUCUUGUUGUUUAUUAAAUUAAUUUAUGUAAAAAUAUAACCGUGUGAGUGUAAAUAAAAGAUCAGACGAUUCGUGAUUUUCA